UACAAUUGUCAACCUGUGACGACGCUUUUCGAGAGGAGAGGGCGACGAGGAGACCGACAACGAUCUCCUCCUCCCUCUGAAACCGCGGCUAAAGUAGAGCCAGUCUUAGCGUCUACUCUCUCUGUUUCGAAGACACGAGAGAGCGAGAGAGAGAGAGAGAGAGAGAGAGCAGCGGCACCAGCCGAAAGAGCUCACUCACUCUGCUGCCAGUUGCAGCUAUGGGCUCCGUCUCCCUCAAGAUCGGCGAUGGCACCGCGCGCUUCCGGCGAGCCACCCUCUGCUCCUCGGCCGUACACCUCCUCAUGCUUGCGUCCGUCAUCACCACCAACCUCUUCGCUCUCUACGCAUUCACUGCCGCGCCGUCCCCGUCCUUCUCAUCCGCCCCGUCCACCGUCCCCCACCCAGGCGCCGGCGUGGGCGGAGGCCACCGCAACCUCUCCGUCAUCUCCGAGCACGUCGCCCUCAUUGUCCGCGAGAUCGAGGCCUCGGAGCGCCGCCUUCACCAGAUCGAGCGCGAGCUCGCCGGGUACGACACCCUCGACCCCGCCAAGCCCUCCCUCCCACCGGAACUCAGGCUCUUCCUUGCCCACCACCGCCUCCCCCUCGGCCGCGACGCCCGCUCCGGAAUCACGGAGAUGGUCGCCUCCGUCGCCCACUCCUGCUCCCGGUCCCCCGCUGCCGACCUCCUCGCCCGCUACAUGUCCUACAAGCCCGCCGCCCUUUGUCCCGCCGACGACCCUUCCCUGCCCCAGAAGCUCAUCGCUAAGGCCUGCGAACCCCUCCCCCGCCGCCGCUGCCUAUCCCGCCCCACCGCUCCCGCUGCUACCGCCGCUCCUCGCCUCCCCUUUCCCCGGUCUCUCUGGAGCCCUGGCGUCAAGAACCCGGGUGCCGGCAUGUACGGCCUCGACAAGCAAAUGUGGAUCACGCCAGGGGGAAAAAACGAUUUCUCGAUCGACGAUGUCCUGGCCCUCGGCAGUGGUGGGAUCCGGAUCGGCUUCGACAUCGGAGGCGGAGCUGGGAAUUUUGCGGCCAGGAUGGCCGAGAGGAACGUCACGGUCGUCACGUCCACCCUGGAAAUAGGGGGCAAGCCGAUGAAUGAGUUCGUAGCAGCUCGCGGCCUCUUUCCGUUGCUCCUCUCGCCGACGCAGAGAUUUCCAUUCUAUGACUCAGUGUUCGAUCUGGUGCACACGUUGAACGCCCUCGACGAGGGUGGCGCUCCAGCACUGGGGCAGGCCAGCCGCACCGAGGCACUGGAGUUCCUGAUGUUUGACAUCGAUCGGGUUCUCAGGGCCGGGGGUCUGCUAUGGCUUGACAACUACCUCUGCACUGAUGAUGAAAGGAAGCGCAUUGUCACCAAGCUUAUAGAGAGAUUUGGGUACAAGAAAUUGAAAUGGGUGGUGGGAGAGAAGGCUGAUGCGAGGAACACGGCGAAGACACAGGUCUACCUCUCGGCCGUGCUGCAGAAGCCUGCGAGAGGUUGAACUGUAUCACUGCUGGUGGAGGAGAAAUGCUAGCAAGGAACGGCAAUGUGUACCAGCAGUGGCCGAAAUGCAAGAAUUGCAAGACCGUCUAGGCACAUGAUCAAUUUGACGAGAUCUUUUCACGAGCGACAUUGAUUAGGCUUUGCCAGCUGCUGAUGUCCAUCAUCUCCUCUUAAGUCGACAUUGUAUGACAAAAUUGCAGUGGCUCAAGGUGUUUAGACUGCACAUUUCACUGCUUUGUAGUCAUAUAAGAAGUUCAUGGUUGUCCUUCAGUUUUUGGAGAGUACUUAUCUUCAGAUUCAUUCCUCGAGACCAAUGUUACCACCCUGUUGCUUCCAAUAAAAGAUCCAGGCUAGCACAGAACUGUAUUACAUAUGUAUGCAGCCUGCUUACAGCUUUCAUAGAAUUUUAUUGCAACACAAGCAAGCAUUCUGCUCCAAUACAUUAAAAUGGGAUUUUCUCCUUGUUCUUUAAUCCAAUCUAUCUGCAUUGCUGCUGCAGUUGUUACCAA